AUGUUGUCUGUUGUUUGCCACAAGCACUACAAAUACAUAUGGGACGCCUUACUCAUACCACAAGACUCUUUUCGCUUUCGCCUUUUCCCCUCCUUUUCUUUUUCUUUUUGUUUACAUUUACUUACAUCCCCCCCCCGGGUCUCUCUCACUUGCGAUCAUUUCUUUCUCACUCUCGCAUCUCUCUAUAGCACCCUGAGUGUCUCUCGUAUCAUUGUAAAAUCUGCAAUACCUACAUCAGUAAUAUCUUUACAAUGUAAUCUAUCUAUCUAUCUAUCUAUCUAUCUAUCUAUCUAUACACACACACACCUAUAUACAGAGAGAGAAAUAGAAAGUCCAUAUCAUUUUCUGGGUUAUUCUUUCUUUCUUUCUAGUUUUCUUUCUUUCUUUCUUUCUUUCUUUCUUUCUAGUUUUCUUUCUUUCUUCCUUUCUCUCUUUCUUUCUUUCUUUCUAUUUUCUUUCUUUCUCUCUUUCUUUCUUUCUUUCUUUCUUUCUAGUUUUCUUUCUUUCUCUCUUUCUUUCUUUCUAUUUUCUUUCUUUCUAGUUUUCUUUCUUUCUCUCUUUCUUUCUUUCUUUCUAGUUUUCUUUCUUUCUAGUUUUCUUUCUUUCUCUCUUUCUUUCUUUCUUUCUAUUUUCUUUCUUUCUUUCUUUCUAGUUUUCUUUCUAGUUUUCUUUCUUUCUUUCUUUCUAGUUUUCUUUCUAGUUUUCUUUCUUUCUUUCUUUCUUUCUUUCUUUCAGACGUUUCACUAUUUUCUUUCCCAAAUAGCUUUCUUUUAUUUGUUAGAUUGUUUUUGUUUCUUUUUGCAUUGCCUUUUUUCGUUCUUUUUUCAAGCGUUAUAUUUAUUUUCUUUUUUUUUGACACAUUUUUUUAUCAUUUCUUUCAUUUUUCUUACUUUGAAAUAUUAUGUUCGUUCUUUCUUUCUUAACAUUACUUUUUUCUUAAUAUUUUUUCUUUCUUGA